UAUUUAAAAAUAUUAAUAUUUAAUUAAAAAAUACAAAUACAAAUGAAAUUAUUACUUACUCUCUUUGUAAUUUUACUAACAUUCUCGGCUAUUGUUUCAUCUGAAGAGGCUUACUUUGCUUUUAAGACCCAUGGAGGUGGUCAUGACUUUGUCUUCAAAUUAACAGAUCCAGAGAAAAUUAAAACUGCAAGAAACAUUUUAUCAGGAGAUGAAACUGAAACCACACAUGUAAUGGGAAGAUUUAAAAAGUCUCAAAAACCAUAUAACCCACAUUACAGUUUCCAUUUAGAUCCAGAUCAAAUUUCCUUUUUCCAACUUGCUAUUGAGGUUUGUGAUGCAGAACUUGGAUAUGUUGAAGAACAUCUUGAUGAAGCAUGCGGUGCUUUCUUACCAGGUUGUUUCUACUGUCCAUGGUCAAGUAAAUUAACUAGAGAAAUUCACAUGAAAUAAAAAAUCAUAUGUUAUCAGUAUAGUUUAAAGUAAUGAUCAAAUUAAAUCAUCAAUUUUUGAAGUAAAAUUAAAACAAUAAACUAUACAUAUUAUUUAAAAAUAUUUUAUUUUUUGCAUUUUAAAUCUAAAAUAUAAAUCUCUUCCAUAACAUUAAAGAGCUUUGUAUUUAUACCAAAAAUGUAACAUUCAU